UGAGCGUGCGUUUGCGUGAAUCAGAGAGGUCCGGUUUAAAACCGUGAGGAGUCCUCCAGUCGGGGCACUCUGCAGGAAGAGGGAGGAAUCAAACGGCCAUCCGGACAGCUCCUUCCACCUCUGAGCGGCACCAGCACACGGAGCGAGCGCAGGCUGAUUGGUUCUGUGUUUGUGCAGCAGCGGCGGGGUCAGUCAUGGCUGAGCGGACGAGUUUCCACGGCGUGUUUGUCGCCACACUUCUGGCUGUGAUGCUGCUGCCUGCCUUCUUGUCUGCAGGACCUGUUGUGCAAAAGAGCAAAGGAGACGGUAAAGCGGUGGAGAGCAUUCAGGAGAAGGCGGCGGCUGCAGCGCUGCAGAGGAAGCUCAUCCGCAACCGCAGGAACAUCAGCUGGUACAAGCAGCACUCCGACUUCUGGGCCUGGUACAAGUACUUCACCGACAACGGCAACAUGGAGGCAGUUCAGGACAUGGACCGCAUAUACCUGUCAUAUCUCCAGAACAAGAACCGCGCUGAGGCACGCCGCUCCUACAAGGAAUAUCUGCGCCACCUGGGGGAGAUCUACAAAUCCUGCGCGGACUCUGACGACCCCAGCUGCGUAGCCUCCUACACCACCAGACCCAAACCUGAGCCGCCCAAACCGGCACCACUCAAGACCUGCGACCCCACCAAAGACCCCCACUGCUUGUAUAUGGCUUUGGUGCAAGGCAAGAGCCCCUACCUGCCCCUGGUGGUCCCGGUGGCCCCUGCAGCUCCGGCCAAAACUCCUGCCCCCCUGUAUGUCCGCUCUGCACCAGCCAAGGAACCUCCGUCAGGAUACUACUACUACUCUCCAUCUGCUGUGUCGUUCCUUACCAAGGAGCAAAAGGCCGAGCUGCUGCGCAUCUGCUCCUCUGACGAUGUGGAGUGCCUGCAGUACCAUCUGAGAGCGGCCUACGGGUACCGCCCCUCAGCUGGACCCCUUCCCUCAUACGCUCACCUGGGCUGCGACCCACACAAAGACCCGUCCUGCAAGCCCAAACUGGUGCAGAAGGCUCCCUCUGGUCUUUACCUUCAGUACCCCAACUGUGAUCCUCUGCGGGAUCCGUACUGCGCCUACGCUGCCUCGCUCGUGGCUCCACGUGCUCCCAACCCCCCCGUCCCCGCUGGACCGGGAUCCUGCAACCCUCUCUAUGAGAACAACUGCAACCCCCUGACGGCCACCAGGUUUUCCUCGCCGCCAGAGGCGUACAGAAGUGAGGAGAGGGAAGAGGCCGCCGCUCUGCGGGCCGCACCUCCUGCUGCCGAGCGGGGCGACCCCUACGCCAUGUAUAGGGAUGCUUAUGCUAAUGCUAAUGCUAACAGAGUUCCAGAUCCCUAUGCUGGGUACCGUCAGGCUCCGCCCCCAGCUCCAGCCGCUGACCCCUAUGCUCUGCUGCGCCAGUUCAUGGCCCAGGCUCAGGAAAGUGACCCCCGCGCUCCGCGCAUGGACGCCGCUCCAGAGUCCACUCUAAAUGACCCCUUCACUGCCAUGCGUGACGCAGCGGCUGCCAUGCAUCGCCGAGGCCCCCCCUCCUCCAGGCAACACCAUCCUCUGCCGCAUUUCGAGGAGCCAACCCAAGAAGAGCGCCACCCUCUGGGUCCACCCGGUAAAACCAAGGAGGGCUACGACUGCUACAUCGGGUAUGACCGUGACUGCUUCCCUGUGCGGCCCAGCGAGCCUCGCUCUGGGGGCCACCACCGAAACCCCUACCCCACUGAGGCCUACGAGCCCUACCUGAACACCGACGGCACCCGCAACGGAGUCCUGGAACCUUCCAACCCUCACUGUGACCCCGAGUACGACCGUGACUGCCGUCUACGGCGCUUCGAGCCCGAGCAGGGCCACGCCGAGACCCGACCAGAGGAAGACCACCACCAGGGGGCAGCAGAGGGAGACCAGGAGGAGCAGUACGAGGCGGAGCCCUACCAGAGCGGCCAGGAAGAGCCUUACAUGUCUUACCAGCCCCCGCCAGCAGGCAUGCCCAGCCUUCAGGACAUACUCAGGAGCUACGGCGACCGCUUCCCAGAGCAGGAUGAUCACAGAGCGUACGCAGACAACUACCGCAAAAAGUGAGCGUCCAAACACGCGUGCAGCUGGACAUGAGUACGCAACGCUAUGCGUUCUCGUACGUCAGUCCCUGAGUGGCUCCAGCAGGGGGCAACUGGUUCUAAGUGUGGGACACAGAAAGUUUAAGGACUUGUUGAGCAUAAAUGCGCUCCUGCUGAAGGAGCUCGAUCUGAAAUGAGCCUUUGCUUUGUAUGGAUUUAGCUGCUGCAGACCUGUUUGCUUUCCUUGCUUUUCUGAUUUCUGUUAAAACUUCCGGUCAUUCAAACAUGUACCGACUUCAUGACCUUUGGCUUCGCUUUGGCAUCUUUGCAUUAGAUUUUCUUGAUUUGGUUUGUUGCUUUUUGUCAGUGAUGGAUAAUGUAAAAAUUCUUUUUCACUUUGAACGUCCUAAUUAAAAUAAGAAAACUCCU